UACCAGAGAUUUUGUACGUGUUGAACACGAGUAAGAAGCUAGUAUGAUGUCGGUUACACCAACAUUAGAACAUCAUGAUAAAUCAUCAUUAAAACAUUUAUCAUCGAAAAUCCAACGGAAUUGUCAAAUAAGAACAUCAUUUGAUCUAUCGAACUAUAGUUCGCCUCUUUCAGGGCGUAAUAACCGUCCAACGUCUGAAGUUUUUCUUCGGACGCCGCAAAAGACACAAAUGCCGGAGGUUGCAGCUUUUGAUAAGUGGCUUGAGGAUUUACAAAGCUAUGAAAAUACUCUAGAAGAAAUGGCAUCAGCGUCAUUAGAUCAAAAUUUUAAAGAAGAAUUAGGAGCAAUAGAACAAUGGUUCCGUGUUCUUUCAGAAGCAGAACGUACAGCAGCGCUGUAUGCACUUUUGCAUCAAACUACCCAGGUACAAAUUCGUUUUUUUAUUACUAUUUUGCAACAAAUGGCUCACAAUGAUCCAAUGAAUGCUUUUUUGUCACCAACGAAUAUUGAUAAAGACACAAUACAUAAUAGUUUGUCGGGGACGAUGAGUCAAAUUAAUCAUGAUAGAAAGAAUGGUACUAUUAUGAAACUUCUUUCUCCUUCCGUCAAUAAUUCAUCCUCGCAAAUUCAAAAUGGAUCUUAUUUGGAUGCAAAAGCAGUUAACACGAUGUUUCCAAAUGCAUCGUCUACUUUGGCUAAUCAGAAAACAAGAUUAAACACUAAUUGUAAUACUAGCGUUUUCAGUGACACACAUAGUCAAGAUACAGCUCCAAUAUGUAACAACAAUAGCCCAAUAUUGUUAAAACAAGACGUAGCUCCAUCGCCUUUAUGGUCUCAGCCUUUAAAUAAGAUUUCUGAAAACACUCCAUUAGGGUUUAAUCGCCCUAAAUCAGCAGAUACUGAGAAACAUCAAGAUACACAACAACUAAAUACAAUAGCUGCUAAUAAUUCAUCAUCUAAUUCUAAUUAUGGAGAAUUUUCUCCUUUCAGUCCUGGAGGAAAUUGGGCAUCUAUGGUUAACACACCUUUAGUUCCAAUGUUUUCUCAAACACUUUCGCAAAGUAGUGAUCUUAAAGCAGCGACUUCUAAAUUGUCAUCUUUGUCAUUAAGCAUGCAGAAUAAUGAUGUUGUUGUUCUUGAUACAAAUGUAAAGAAGUACCAUAGAGGAAAAAAUACCUUAUUAUCAUCUGCAACUGACAAGAAUGGUUUUAAUCAGCAUCCAACUAAUGUUUUGAUGUAUACGGAACAUGGACAUUUACAUCAAAUGCUAUCACAACGUAGGGUUUCAUCUCCUUUAUUAUCACGAAAAAUAUCACCAAAAUCCGAUUCAUCUAUUCCUCCCGGAUUUUCAGAACCAUCUGGAUGGCGCAUGCCCAUAUCUUCUCAUUCCAAUGGAUAUAUUCCACCCUUUGAUGUGUCAUCACCAUUAUUGAGGACGGAAGAAUAUAUAUCAGAUAAUUCAGACGCAAUCGUAGCAAAUAGGAAAGGAAGACGACUAACCUCUAAACCCCCAGAAAACCCUGUUAACGAUUUAUUAUUAAAUGAUAUCCCUGCAUGGUUAAGAGGUUUAAGACUCCAUAAAUACUCCGAUAACCUAGGAGAUAUGGAUUGGAAAGAACUUAUUGAAAUGACAGAUGAGCAACUAGAAAUGAAAGGAGUUGCAGCUCUUGGUGCACGACGAAAGCUCCUUAAAAGUUUUGAUCAGAUAAAAGAAGCACGAAAUUUGGGUAAAUUUUAAUUUCUUUUACAUCAUAAGAUUGUAUUAUUGAUGUUUUAUUAUUA